ACUUGAAAGGGCGUUUUUACAAUGCGAUCAAUCACAUGCUUAAGCAUCGCGGAGAGAGGAUGUGUAUGCCGCGGGCUAAGUGGAUGUAAUACACUGCAGCGACUUGGAAAAUACACUCAGUGCUGUUGCGGAAAUAACAUAGAACGAACACCAUAAACAUGAAUAUCAAAACUUUCUCAAUUUCAGCUGCGGCUUUUGUGUUUGUGUGUAUUGUUUUUGUGAAACUUUAUUAUGUUCAUGCGCCGAAUGAUCAAGUCGUGAACGUUGUGAGUUUAUCAGCGGACAAUUACGUUACACAGCCGCAUCUGGAUGAUGUUUCCAAGGUUCUGAUAGCUCAAAGAAACAACAUUUCGAAAGUGCUUAACCUGAAGCAACAAAAAAUUGGCCAGAUGGAGUGCGAGAAAGCCGGCAAGGGCGAGGCAACGAGUGACACGGGCGGCUGGUGUCAGCAGUCCAGCAAAGAGGACAGUGGCAACCACAUGACUGACCGACAACUCGUGCCUGUGCUUAUAGAAUUCUUCCAAGGCAAAUAUGUGGGCAGUUUCGGAGACGGUCCAGGGCGGUACAAGCAACUCCUCAGUGAUGCUGGCAAGCUCAAAGGAUACGACGCCUACGACGGAGCUCCCUAUUGUGACGUCACGAGCGAAGGUCGCGUGAAAUUCCUCGAUCUUACGCUUCCGCAAUUCGGGCUUCCAUUGUACGACUGGAUCAUCAGCCUCGAGGUUGCCGAGCACAUCCCCGCCCAGUUUGAAUCCAUUUACAUCGAUAACAUAGUACGGCACGCCAAAGAAGGAAUUGUAUUGAGCUGGGCGAGACCCGGCCAAGGCGGGUAUUCGCACGUGAAUAAUCGAGCAUUCGAAUAUGUCGUAAAAUUGAUGGACGGACUUGGUUUCUCGCAUGAUGCGGAAAGCUCCGAAAAGUUACGAAAUGCAGCGUCACUGGACUGGUUAAGACAUAACAUUAACGUUUACCGUCGAAAAAGUCCAUAUUUGGAAAGCUUAGCAGCAAUUUAUACUUAAAAGUGGCUGCGCUUCAUUUUAUCAAACGAAUUUAUUUGAUUUGCUAGUCUAUCGUCUCUGUAAACACUGUUCAAAAAGCGAUGUUGGUGUUUUAUUUGAAUUAAUGAAUUUUUAACGACACUUGGCUUGCAAUACUUCAAUACAUAUUGGCGUGGUUAAAGAGGCAUAUAAUUGCUUUAAUCGGUUUAAUAUUGUUCUCAUUAAGAUAAUAUUUUAAAGAGUUAGUAUUUAUACUAGCUUAACAAAUAUAUAUAGAAAUAAAAACGAUUAUUAUCAAACUAUUUAAUUUUAUAAUGAUAUAAAGUUUUCCCGAACACUGUCUGGGCGAAAGAAAAUUAGUAAUAGUAGUAACACUGUCAUUCAAGAACGAAAUGGACAUAUAAUGUCAGUACAAUGUAGUCGCUUUCAAAUUUUGUUUUAGAGUAAUUAUAAUUUUCAAGCAAUAGCAAUAAAGGUGGGUCAUAACGUGCCUUAUACUAAGAAAAGGGAAAAAACUUAAAAUUACAAGGGGAUAACUCAGUAUAGCAUAUUUGGUAAACUAUUGACCAGCGUACAGGUUUUACUUACAAAAAGGGUAAAAAAGCGUGCCUGAGAAAAUAAAAUUCAUACUUAUAUACAGUUUGGUUUUUGGCAUGGCGUUAGCACUGUUGACGCAUUUUUUACAUUACAUUCUUAAGUUUAAUGUCACUAUAAAAACCAUACAAGGCAUGCGUAUUUAUAGACCUAAAUAAAGCAUUUGAUUCCGUAUACGGAAUGUUUUAUGGGUAAAACUGUUCAAUGUGUGUGUAGAUGUUAAAAGCAACUUCUGUCAAUUUUUCAAAGGCAUGUAUUCUACUGUUACAUUUUGCAAAACGUUACGUUUUUUCUUUGAUAUAUCCUUGGGUAUAAGACAAUGACGAAACAACUCACCGAUCAUAUUCGGAUUUAAAAAACAUCCAGUCGUUAAUUAACAUGAUAGGCAACUUCGGUCUUAACUUGUUCGAUUUGUCAUUACUCAUUUAACUUUUUGCCGAAUACAUUGUCUUUAUCGGAAAGUCAGUCAAGAUUUACAAACUAAUAUUUUUACUUAUUGGAAAACAUGGGCUCAGACAUAAAUACCGAGGAAAUAUUAAACUAUAUAUUAUAUCAAAUAUCUAACUCAUAUGUAAACAACAUUUUCCUUAAGUUAACUUAAUUUUGACAGUCACAUGCCCUUGCCGUGUUAUUUAAUUGAAAUACGUGUUAUGUUGAUAUUGCUAUAAUCUACUGAUAGUAUUCGCCAGGUAAAUAGUAUGUCUGUCCUAUAAAUACGAUGGAUAGCGCUUUCAUGAUUUCGUCGUUAUGAAGAUCAUAAAACAUAAACAUGGUGUACUCUUGUAUUUACUUUGUUCAUUAUUUAAGCAUAUGUACAUAUAAAUUAUAUUUUCACAGUGUUUGUAUAUGAAUAUGUCGUAUAUCUUAAGGCGGCAAUGAUGUAAAUAAUUCAUUAAAGCGCAAUGAAUGAGUUGAAGAGGAGUUACGUAUUUUGUAGAUAUUUUCAAGUUCGAGCUUAAUAACUGUUUUUAAACAGAAAAAUACGUUCAUAAUACAAAUAAAUAAUAAUAAAGCUG